AUGGUUGCUAAAGGACUCUUUACGCCUACGUUUCUGGGCCCAACAGUCGAAACGACAGCGUUCAGUCUGGCGAGCAUAUCGACCAUUGUGGUCCUCCUCAGGUUCUAUUGCCGGAUAUGGAUUGUGAAGAAGCUGAAGUCGUAUGACUACCUGAUCGCAGGAGCAGUGGUGUGCACAUGGGGACUGUGUGUCAUUAAUCACUACCAAGUGCUCUACGGCACUGGUUCUGGCGCAUGGCCUGCCGACCUGCCACCACCUUCCGCAGAAUUUACGCUGAACGGCGUGUUGGGUGCGGCGAAAGCAUGGUACGGAUAUCAGAUCGUCUAUCUGCUGGUUCCGGCACUUGUUAAGCUCUCUAUCCUCGUGUUCUAUCUAACCAUCGCCACUCACCGUCCCUUCCGAACCAUCGUUUACUGGGCCAUAGCAUUCGUUACGACCUACAGCAUCAUCAUGAUAAUCGUGAACGCCUUCGAGUGCCCACGCAAGCCGUCCCUCGUCUUUGAGCCCGAGAUAUUUGUUAUGAGAGAACAGUGGCAUUGUUUCAACCUGACGGCUCUGUAUUUCAGCCAAUCUGCGCUGAACAUAUUCUCCGACCUCUUCAUCCUCGUUUUACCUCUGCCAAUUCUCGUCAAGCUACACAUGCCGACUAUCAAGCGCAUUUGCCUGUUGAUAGUCUUCUCGGUGGGACUCCUUGUUCCGAUCGCAGCAAGUUUCCGUCUUUGGAUUCUCUAUCUCUGGCAUGAUGCGCCUCCGGAUAUAUCACGAUAUUACGGCGGCUACAUUCUGUUCUGGGACGCCGUCGAGCUCAACACUGCCAUCAUCUGUGCGUCGGCACCUUCUCUUCAGCCUCUCUUUAGGCGCGCUUUUGGUGAACUGCGUGCGUUCUCACGAGGCCGAUCAGCGUACUACUACUAUGGCGACGAUAGGGAGGGCACAGUCAUGACGCAGACCACGAUCGGCAGAAGAGGAAGUAGGAGGUUGGAUCAGGAGAUUCCGUUACAGCGACGGCCGUCGUCUCGAGAGGUACAUAAAAGACGUCCUGAAGAACUGGAAAGCGACCUGGUCGUUAUCAGGGAGAUGGAAAACGAGGAAGACAUCAGGAUCUGGGCGCAGGCAUCUGCGGUAGAAUCAACGAGUACCCAUUCCGAAUCGCACCCACCGAAGUCGCCAGCGCGACCGCGAGAUCUUUUGGCAUCUGAAUGA